GGCUAGAGUGAAGCAGACUGCUGUCCCAUCCUCAAGUUACGCCACACACUUUGACACACACGCACAUACACACAUGGACACACACUCACUCACUCAUUCACUCACUCCCACAUACACAUACACAUACACUAAGCUAUGCCUCUGUCUCUGAACUGAAAACACUGAAUUUCAUGCACUGGACUGGAGCAACUUUGGAUUUUUGUUCCAUAUGAGGAAGAAAAUCUUGAAAACACCUUGUCUCCUCUUGAGUCUGUUCACAAGUUUUAAUCUCUGCUCUGGAAAAUUUGGGACACCAAUAACUGAUGAUGUGAGCAAGCUGUCAUUAUUGAAGCAGAAUAUUCCAGUGGAUUAUGAGAUUCCUGUAUAUUACAUUCCCAAAGAAGUGAGUGGCAUGUGCUGGGUGGUGUUAAAUAUCUAUCCUUUGGAGCAAAGCCUUCGGAAGCUGGCCAACAUGUUUGGUACCAUAUCCUCCAACAAGGAGAACAUAAUUGUCUUCAUUGCUAUGUUGAAGAGUCUGCGCUUCACCUUUGAUCACGAGGAGCUGGAAGCAGCCAUGCAAGUCUUCCAGUGUCACUACCGGGAGGGGAGCUUAAUGUCCGGACUUUACUUUGACUACAUCAAAGAGGUCUUAAAUUCUGCCGCUCAAGGAACAGUAGGCUUCCCAUGCAAGCCUCCGCCAUGCAUCAACCCACAACAAACACCAGGGAGUCAAGAACAAGAUCAUGAUCAGAACUGGUCGAAAAGGAGUCCCUGGAUUCUGGUCCUCAUCCCCAUCACAGCUGGCGUCUUCCUCAUGGUGUGGCUGGUCAAGUUAAGAAGGCGGCGACUGCCAGUGUGCGACUCCGAGAAUAGGCAAACGGCUCCCUCUGACAUGAUCCCAACUGUAUCUAUCUCCAUCCCACUUCACACAUUCACCCACGCUGCUGAUACGCUGCCAGUGCGAGAAUCAACCCCUGAACAUGAAAGCGGGUGAAGUAUGACUAGCAGAGAAGGGAAAAAAAAAAGAGAGAGAAAAGUUGGACACCACUGACGGAGUUCACUUUCCAGGUCGUUCUGUUAUUGGAAGCAGCCCACCAGGUGCAUGUGCGUGGUUAAGUUCACCUCUGCUCUCACUUUGGAAAUUCAUAAAUAAUAAUAAUAAUAAUAAUUAAAAAAAAGCAUCUGAGUGCAUGGACCUGAGCCAUACAGAAAACAGUUUUGCUAUAAAAAUUCACCAGGAACCACUGCUAAACCAGCAAAAUUGAUUUUAACGGGACAGAAAAACCUCUCUAAACAAUUGCUCAUCUGCCAAAUUGGCUGGUAAAAUAUAUAAAUUUACCCGUCUUAGGCCAUCAUGUCCCAGUUUUGGUGCUGGUAGCUGGCCGAUCCUGAGCGGACCAGCCUUUUGAGCCGAGAGCCCCCGACCCCCGUCCAUGUCACUCUGACCUGGUUUUCUCCUGUGUCCCUGUUUGAACUGGAAUCAAAAGUAUCACUGGAGCCUCAAAUCGAUGGAACCACUGGAACACUCACCUGAACCAGAACCACUGGUAUCACACUGGACUUCCUCAUCACCACCUUGUUGGCUCCAUCGCAGCGGUUAGAGAGACUGUCCUUUAACUUUGGAAGGAACUGCCUUGAUCCCUGUGACGGUCCAUCUCUGUCCAAGUACCCUUGGCCAGGACAGUGAAUCCCUUCUUCCCCCUGGCUUCUCUUUUCUCUGGAUCCCUCUAAUGAAAUGCAUAGAUAUUUGUAUCUCUCAGAGGAUAUGGGAAGAAUUUACAUUCCAAGCCAUACUGUGUGUAAUAUAAUGAUUGAUGUAUUCUUAAAAUACUCAAAAAUAACAACAAAAAAUGUAAGAGUCAAAAGUAAAGGGACCAUUGAAGGGAUUGCAUUCGAUCCCUAUUUUUCUGCAGCUAGGCUUGUAUUGGUUUUUGACAUUAUUAUGAUCUGUGAUCUGUCACGAACUGUGAAUCCGCUUGUCACAAACAGCACACUGAGCAGCCCCACAAGCACCCUACUUUCUGUAUCAAAAGAUCUGACCAGAUGGCAGAUAGCCACGGCCGGAGCCUCUUUCAAUCCAGUCAUUGUAUUCCAAAUGUUGUUGCCGAGUGAUCUAUAGCUGCUGCCUGGCCACAGUGAGUGUUGUUAAGAGUUUUUCAUGUCUUAUUCACUGAGUCAAUCAAGUUCAGUCAUGAGAACAUGACUCCCUGAGUGUGAGUGUUCUUGUAUGUGUCAGAAAGAAGGAGUGAGAGACAGACAGAGGCAGACCGGACGAGAGAAAGUGAGCGAGAUAGAGAUGGAUGGAUGGAUGGAUGAUCUCAGUGAAAAGCAUAAGGAGGGCUUGUUCUCGUUACAAAAGAACUGGCCGUAGGCUGGAGGAAAUGCCAGUUACAAACAGGACUGAUGUCGGCAGAUCCCUAUGAAUCAACAGCUGAAGAAUCUGCCCAGACCGCAGAGAGGUUUUCAGUCUCUACAGUAUGGAAGAUCGGGACUAUUUCCAUAACUAUUUAAUGUAUCUGAGGGGCUUAAUUCCAAAACCAAUCAAACAAGUUUUGAAAGUUACCCCAAGUGCAUUUUUCCCCUUUUAAAAAAUACAGAUCACAGCAUCAUCACAAUGUUAUCAUAUUGUAAGUGAAGGUCUUAAGAGAUAGCAUGUAACUUAAAACUGCUUUACUGUCUUUUCAGUGAUCGAUUUGUACCAUUCUCAUUAUGUAUUUUGUGAAUUUGUGUAUUUGUACAUGAGAUUUUGAGGUUCUACUGUUUAUUAUGACAUAGGCCACUUUCUGCAGCUUAAAGGACUUUUUUUUCUCACAGCAGUCUGUUUGAAAUGUUAAGUAGGCCUUUUUCAAGCCAGUAAUGUAAGUGGUCCACGAUCAGAUUUGUUUUCUUAUUGUUUUAUAAGUACAUUGUGAUUAUGACUGAUUUUGACAGCACUGUAAAAAAAAUAGUUUACUGUUAUUAUUACUAUGAUUAUUAUUACUGGGAUAACAGUGGCACAUUGAGGGUCUGUUUGUUCCACUGAGAUCCCAUUUAUGUCACUUAAAGAGAACUGAGGAUAUAGUUAGCUAUAUUAAAGAUAUAUAAUAGUUCAUACUGUUCAAGCAGAGAAAUAGAAAGGCCCUCCAACACUGGCAACCACUGGGGCUUGGUUGUAAGGAAUCUAUUGUCGUUUUUGAGGUGAAAUAUGGACUGUAUUACUCACUGAGACUGAAGGACUUAGCACAAAUGUGGUAAUGCAUUCAGGCAAAAUAUUGUCUAGUCAUCUUUUCGGUCUUCCCCUGAGUGCUGAUGUCAUUCCACAGGGAUGAAGACUCAUCUUCACUGACAUGGUUUUGAUAUGUUGAUCCAUGCUCUGUUUGCGAUUGCACAAUUCACAGCACCAUAAAUAAAACUGUUUUGUGCAGGGG